AUGAAGCUUAACACCGUUAAUGCCAGUUUCAUUCUUGCUUCGCUUGCUGCACUGACCUUGGCAGGUGCAGUCUAUACUCUCGAUGACAGUAUCGUUGGCGAAGGCUUCUAUAGCUCUUUCAAUUUCGAGGCUAUCGCCGACCCGACUAAUGGGCGUGUGAUAUAUGUUGACCAGCAAACGGCUCAGAUGCUCAACUUGACUUAUGCCACGAGCAACACCUUCAUUAUGCGCGCAGAUGACACUACAGUCUUGACCUCCAGCGGGCCAGGCCGGAAUUCCGUCAGGAUUCGAUCUAAUCGCCAGUACAAGCAACACUGUUGUCGUCAUAUGCCUGAGGGAUGCGGAACAUGGCCUGCUGUCUGGGAAACCAACGAAGCUGACUGGCCUGCUGGUGGUGAAGUUGAUAUUGUCGAAGGCGUAAACAAUGUGGAGCCUAACCAGUCGACACUCCACACUAGCCCUAACUGCUCUAUGCCAGCUUCCACUGACCAAUUAGGCACGACAGUUUCAACCAAUUGUGACACUACGGUCGAUGGAAAUUUGGGUUGUGGUGUACACUUCACAGAAGACUACGGCAGUUUUGGACCAGCAUUCAACAGUAUUGAUGGAGGAUGGUAUGCUAUGGAGCGCACAAAUAGCCAUAUCAAGGUUUGGUUCUGGGAGAGAGACGACAAAUCUGCUCCCUUCGACGCUACCAGCGGUGCAUGGCUCAUCGACACCAACUUCUGGGGAACUCCUGCCGCUUACUUUCCUAACACCUACUGUGACCUCGCGUCUCAUUUUGAUGCCAACAACAUUAUCAUUAACUUGACGUUCUGCGAGCUAAUGCAGUGCGCAGGCGGCGACUGGGCAGGUAGCUCAGCCGUCUAUGCUGCUUCUGGAUGUCCGUCGGACUGCGUGAGUUACGUUGACAACAAUCCUACCGCUUUCACAAACGCCUACUUUCAAUUCUCGUCCAUCAAUGUCUACACGUAG